CCACAACCAACAAGAAGAAAAUUCUUCAUCAAAUACCAACAACACUGUUUCAUCAUCGGAUGAAAAUAUUCAAGUGAAUCGUGAGAAUAUUGACAAUUCACCACUCUUAGGAAUGGUUUAUUCUCACUUUAAAAUUAGCCCAUUUACAAAUCCAACACUCUCACACAUUGCCAAGUAUGAUGACAAACCUAAAACACCAUGCCCACACUGUACAAAGAAUAGAAAGUACUUUUGUUAUGAUUGUUGUACACCAAUGAUUGAAAAUCCACCAACCAUCUCUAAAUUACCACUCCACUGUGUCAUUAUCCAACACAAACAAGAAAGAAAGGGUAAAUCAACAGCCAUUCAUGCUAAAGUAGUUGCUCAUUCAAGUGCUGAUUUAUAUGAAUUCCCAGAUAUUCCAUCAUUCCUUACACCACAAAAUUGUGUUCUUGUCUAUCCUUCAAAGACUGCUAGAUUGGUUUCUCAAUUAUUUAAAAAGCCUACCGAUGAUAACAAUACAACAACAACAUCUUCAUCAUCAACCUCAUCGGAAACAGCACCAACAAUUAAUGUUUCAACAUUGAAAUAUGCUGUAUUCAUUGAUUCUACUUGGCCACAAGCGAAACAAAUCUAUCGUAAUGAAUUUGUUAAGAGUUUGCCAUGUGUCAUUAUUGAAGAAAAGGAAACACUCUUUUGGAGAUAUCAAAGAGAAGGACAAAAGUUCCUGUCGACCAUUGAAGCUAUCUUUUACUUUUACAGAGAAUAUCUUCAAGCCUUAAAUGAAUAUGGAGAUGAAGAAACAAAACAAUCCACUCCAAGUGAUGUACCUUUGGAAAAUUUACUCUACUAUUAUAUUCAUCAAUAUUGUUUGAUACAGAGUUACUAUGCAAAGGAUUUAAAUAAGAAGAUUACAACAAAGAAGGCCGAUAAUCAGAAUUACAUCAAGUAUGAUUUGAUGGGAGUUGCUGAUGAAAAUAAUUCUUCUAAUUUAGAACCUCCACUCAAGAAAUUAAAGGAAGAUUAAAUUAUUCAAUUUUAC